UGUGGGCCCACCUUUCCCCCUCUGCUCAGUGAAAGAGGAGGCAGUGACACGGAGCUCUCUGUCUCCAGGUGUCCGGUUCCUGGCUGUGACAGUCUGGGCCACAUCAGUGGGAAGUACGCCACCCACCGCAGUGCCUACGGCUGUCCGCUGGCCGCGCGCCGGCAGAAGGAGGGUCUUCUUAACGGCACUCCCUUCUCCUGGAAGGCCUUCAAGACGGAGGGCCCGACCUGCCCGACGCCAGGCUGCGAUGGCUCGGGCCACGCCAACGGCAGCUUCCUGACGCACCGCAGUCUGUCAGGUUGUCCCAGAGCGUCGGCCAACAAGAAGAGAGCCAAGUUACCCGGAGACGAGUACAUCACCGCCAAGUUCAGAGCCAGCGAUGUUCUGGACAACGAUGAGGACAUCAAGCAGCUCAACAAGGAGAUCAACGAGCUGAGCGAUUCCAACGGUGAGAUGGAGGCCGACAUGAUGAACCUGCACACUCAGAUCUCUUCAAUGGAAAACAACCUAAAGAGCAUGGAGGAGGAGAACAAACAUAUCGAGGAGAGGAACGAGGCCUUGUUCCUGGAGCUGUCCGGCCUGAGUCAGGCCCUGAUCCGCAGCCUGGCCAACAUCCGCCUGCCCGCCAUG